AACAUUCUAAAUCUUCACUUUUCUUUUAAGUUUCAACCAACAAUCCUCUAAGCUAAAAAAGAAAUAUUUUUCGGAUUCAAAUUUUCAAAAAAUGGAUGUUCACCAGCAAAGCCUCGAAUUUUCAGCCAAAACGAAAAACCAAAAGCAUGAUUCACAAUCACAAACUUCACUCUACUUAGCAAACGCGGUUUUCUUUGGCCUCUUCUUCUCUUUCGCGUACUUUCUUCUUCACAGAUGGCGUGAGAAGAUUCGAACUUCUACUCCUCUACAUGUACUCACAAUCUCCGAGAUGGUAGCUGUAGUUUCCCUCAUCGCUUCAUUUUUCUAUCUCAUGGCUUUCUUCAGCAUUGCCUUCAUUCUUCAUCCCUUCGCCGCUUCCACUGCCGUUCAGUACGAUGAAGAAGAAGAUGAAGUAGAGAUUGCUAAAACCACUGGUUCAUGUCUCGCCGGAGUUGCACCGGAGUUACCUCCGCUACCACCAAAAACCACCGUAAAAAAAGUUGCACCAGAACCGGUUAUGUCGCAGCUUUCGUCCGAUGACGAGGAGGUUGUCCAGGCCGUGGUUUCAGGAUCUAUUCCGUCUUACUCACUUGAAUCAAAACUUGGAGAUUGCCGGCGUGCAGCGGCGAUUCGUAACCAAGCGGUGGAGAGAGUUACCGGAAGGUCACUUGAAGGUUUGCCGAUGGAAAAUUUUGAUUACGAUUCUAUAUUAGGACAGUGUUGUGAGAUGCCGAUAGGAUUUAUUCAGAUUCCGGUAGGAGUUGCCGGUCCUCUGUUGCUUGACGGGAAAGAGUUCACGGUUCCGAUGGCAACAACCGAGGGUUGUUUAGUUGCAAGCACUAACAGAGGAUGUAAAGCUAUUUAUGUUUCGGGUGGUGCUUCCGCGGUUGUCCUCCGUGAUGGCAUCACUAGAGCCCCCGUCGUUAGAUUCAACUCCGCCAAAAGAGCUUCUCAGUUAAAGUUCUUUUUAGAAGAUCCUCAAAAUUUUGAUUCUCUGGCUCACACUUUCAACAAGUCAAGUAGGUUUGCAAGAUUACAGAAUAUAAAAGCUACUAUAGCAGGAAAGAAUUUAUACACACGGUUUACUUGUUCAACUGGUGAUGCAAUGGGGAUGAACAUGGUAUCAAAAGGUGUACAAAACGUACUUGAUUUUCUUCAAAGUGAUUUUCCAGAUAUGGAUGUGAUUGGUAUAUCUGGAAAUUUUUGCUCAGACAAGAAAGCGGCUGCAGUGAAUUGGAUUGAAGGGAGAGGAAAAUCUGUGGUGUGUGAGGCUGUAAUUAAGGAAGAGGUGGUGAAGAAAGUGUUGAAGACUAGUGUUGAGUCUUUGGUUGAGCUUAACAUGCUAAAGAAUCUUACUGGUUCAGCCAUGGCUGGUGCUCUUGGUGGCUUCAAUGCACAUGCUAGUAAUAUUGUUUCAGCUAUUUACUUGGCAACAGGUCAAGAUCCAGCUCAGAAUGUUGAGAGUUCUCAUUGUAUAACCAUGAUGGAAGCUGUGAAUGAUGGGAAAGACCUUCAUGUCUCUGUCACUAUGCCUUCCAUUGAGGUGGGAACAGUUGGAGGAGGCACACAGCUUGCAUCACAAUCAGCUUGUUUGAACUUACUUGGUGUGAAGGGUGCUAGUAAAGAUUCACCUGGAGCUAAUUCAAGGCAACUGGCAACAAUAGUAGCUGCUUCAGUUCUUGCCGGAGAGCUUUCACUCAUGUCCGCAAUUGCAGCGGGUCAGCUUGUUAAGAGUCACAUGAAAUACAACCGAUCUAGUAAAGAUGUCACCAAAAUUGCUUCAUGACAAUACCAGCACAACUGUGAUAUCAAUCAAGUAUAUAUAUUAAUUAAAGCAAAAGAAAUUUCAUUGUAGGAGUACACAUUAUUUUUACCUCAAUAACAGCAAAAAUUAUGAGACUUUAUUCUCGCCAAUAGAUGCUAGUUUUUGGAUCAUAUGAGCCACCAAAAUUUUCCAACUUCUUCAUGAAAUCAUCAUAUGCUUCAAGAGUAUGGUUGCGUUGAGUUCUUAAAUACUGUAGUGUAGUUACUUAAUUUCUUUCUUUUCUCCCGUCCAUGCUAAUUCUUUUGGAGGAUCUAGAGUUAUAAACAAUUCAAUUCAUUUUAUGCUUAAAUUUAUAAAUCAAACAUU